AUGCCACCAAAGAAAGCCGUCAAAGAAGAAAAGCUCUUGCUUGGUCGUCCUUCCAACAACUUGAAGAUCGGUGUCGUCGGCCUUCCAAACGUUGGCAAGUCGACCUUUUUCAACGCCUUGACAAAGUCCUCAGCAGCUGCAGAGAACUAUCCUUUCUGUACCAUCGAUCCCGAAGAGUCACGUGUCGCCGUGCCUGAUGAACGCUUUGACUGGUUAUGUCAACACUACAAGCCUGCCAAGGAAAUCCCUGCCUUUUUGACUGUCAUUGAUAUUGCUGGUUUGGUCAAGGGUGCUGCUAGCGGUGCUGGUCUUGGUAAUGCUUUCUUGUCUCACAUCAAGGCUGUCGAUGCCAUCUACCACGUCGUUCGUGCUUUCGAUGAACCUGAUGUCACUCACGUUGAAGGUGAUCUUGAUCCCGUUCGUGAUAUGGAGAUUAUCCACGAAGAAUUGCGUUUGAAGGAUGAAGAAUUCUUGGCAAAGAACGUCAAUGAACUUUCUGGUAGCGUCAAGCGUUUGGGCCAUGGUGGUAAUGCUGCUGAUAAGGCCAAGAAGGAAGAAUUUGCCGUCAUUGAAAAGGUCUACGAAUUUGUCAAGAGUGGCAAGGAAGUUCGUCACGGCACUUGGACCAACAAGGAAAUUGAAAUCAUCAACACCCUUCAUCUCAUCACUGCCAAGCCCGUCAUUUACCUUGCCAACGUCAGUGAAAAGGAUUACUUGCGUAAGAAGAACAAGUGGUUGCCCAAGAUCAAGGCCUGGAUCGAUGAGCACUCCCCUGGUGAUCUCAUGAUUGCUUACUCUGGUGCCUUCGAGUUGAACAUGUCGCUCAUUGAAACUGAGGAGGAAAAGGAAAAGACCCUCAAGGAACUUGGUGCUCGCUCCAUGUUGCCCAAGAUCAUUGUCGCCGGUUACAGCGCUUUGCAACUCAUCUACUACUUCACCGGUGGUCCUGAUGAAGUACGUGCCUGGACUAUUCGUCGCUUGACUAAGGCUCCACAAGCUGCAGGUGUCAUUCACUCCGAUUUCGAACGUGGUUUCAUUAUGGCUGAAGUCAUGAAGUACAACGACUUGAAGGAAUUAGGCAGUGAAUCCGCUGUCAAGGCUAAUGGCAAGUACAUGCAAAAGGGUAAGGAGUAUGUUGUUGAGGAUGGCGACAUCAUCUACUUCAAGUUCAACGUCACUGCCUCUGGCAAGAAGAAAUAG